CUUUUCGCGGGCACGUGCUGGUGCGAACGCGCGGCGGCCGUUGAGCUCCGGGUAAAAAAACCAAAAAUGGCAAAAAGUUUGAGAAGUAAAUGGAAGCGGAAGAUGAGAGCAGAAAAGAGGAAAAGAUAUGCACCAAAAGAGCUUUCUCGGCUGAAAAAAGUCCUUGGCAUGGAUGGCAAUGGUGAUAUUACUAUGAAUGAUUUGAAAGAAGUUACAACUGUUGUCUCUCCUGAAAAGUUCAAACAGAAGCCAAAUGAAGUACAAACACAAGGAGAAAAUGAUGGUGCAGCUACUAUGGACAUAGAUAAGAAAAGGAACAAAAAGAGCCUUUUGAAUGAACAUGGUCAAUAUCCAGUGUGGAUGCAUCCCAGACAAAGAAAGAGGAUCAAAGAAAAACGAAACUCAAAAAACAAGCUGAAACAUCGAAAGAGACUAGCUUGGUAGAUAUAUUGUGAGAAGAGAUGUACAAAGACUUUGAGUUUUAUU